GCGUCGCGCGCACCGCCGGAACCACGAGAGUGUCACGCGACCCCGCCGGCCAACCACGCGUUCCGUAGCGCGAUCGCGUUUUGUUUUCGAAAACGUCCCGGCGGUCGUGCCAGGAUCCCGGAUCGCUCUCUUCCCUCUCGGGCUCGGGACGGACGUGCUCGUGAGUACUCCCCGGUGUUCACCCAUGUGCGUUCCGCGUCCCGCGAGCGACAUCCCUGUGGCACGCGUCGUCCUCGUAACGCCUUUCGUCGCCGAUCGCCGUCGCGACCGUCGCCCUAGCGACGCAUUGAGCGGCCUGCGCUUCGUAUCUAUCUCCGCGUGAGAGAACGAGGAGCCGGCUUCGCGUCCCAGCGAGCUGAGCUCCCACUGUAAAUAGCGUUCCGAUUUCUGCGUCCCGCGCCGCGGCCAUUUUUGUUCUCGCGCGACCAUCUCAUUGUGCAUCGCACCCAUUUCGUUCUGCGUUGCGGCCAUUUUGUUCUCGCGCGACCACAGCGUUUAGCGUCGCGGCCACUUCCGUUCUAUGCCGCUUUCCAUAGUUUUAGCUCAACAUUUUCAUUUGUUACGUUUACGAGGCUACCCGUACUGGAGAUCUUCCUCUCCUCUUCAUUCAGCACGCGCGGUGGCCACAGGCCAUACCGUGCCUCUCCCCCCCCCCCCUUACAUAUACAUAACACACAUACGAUGGAGUUUGACAAGUUAGAACAAUGUAUCAAAAGUCUAAACGAAGCAGUGAGUGAGUUUCCGAUCGGUGCGGUUUCGCUGGAGGAUUAUGAACCUAUCGAGAAGAAGAUCCAAGUGACAAGGGAAUCGCUGAUGCGUUUGAAUGCCAGGUUAUUAAUGCUUAGAGCAAAAUCCAAACAUUAUACGAGACAUGAAAAAUUGAGAGGCACUGAAGAAGAACUUGGAGAAGCGCUCCAAAGGAUCAUAAGCGACACACUUAUAAACCACGGAGCGAUCAAGCUGUGUCUUCAUAGUGCAACCAUUGUUUCUAUUCUCAACAAUAAGGAAGGCAAUGAAGAACAUCAGAAGAAACUCUGUGCUUACAUGAGUAAGUUAUUCAUUGUCAAUGAUAAUAUUAUAUCCAUUCAACAGUCCAUUGAGGAAGCAUUUGAAACACAGUUAAAUCUAAAAGUGGAGUGUCAAAAGGCCCUGAAUGAUUAUAAGAAUUUUCUAAAGGAACAGAAGGAGAUACAAAAUAGAAAAUUGCAGGAAACAUGUCCAGAUAUUGCAAGAAAUAAAAGUCGAAUGGAAAAUACUUUACGAAAGAUUAAUAUAAUGAAGAAACUCAUUCGAAAUUUCAUAGCAGCAUCUAAUUUUAUGUUAACAAAGCAGCCAUUAUUAUUAGAAAUGUUGGAAAAACAUAGAGAAUUGUUAAACGUUGAAACAAUAUUAAAGAUGACUCAAGAUGAACAAAAUAUCAAACAUGUAUAAGAGAGGAAGAAAGAGAGAGACAAAAAAUAUUUUAAAAAUCGGAAAUUUCGAAAAGAGAAAAUACGCAGGAAUUCAUUAAGAAUUUUUUUUUCUGUUUUCUUACUCGCUAAGCGCAAUAGACACAACACAUAUUUACAAGAAUAAGCUUCCGCGCAAAUCUGAAUGUCUUUUUCAUAUUUUUUUUUUCUUUUUUUUUUCUUUCUUUAAGUUCCUCUAUUAAAGCGCCUUGUCAGACGGUUUUUUUUGUAUGAGUUAAUCUUUAAAUAAAGCAUAAUCGAUAUUGUAUAUAAGUUAAAAAUUAGGAUAUAUAUAGUAAUCACAGCUUACGUAUAUAUAGUAAAAUUUCACUAGGGGAGAGAGAUGUACACAUUCACAUUUUUAAAAUCGGUGUACCGAGAGACUCGCUACAUUCUUCGUACGAUUAACUCGCGUAUAAUAUGUAUAAUAUAACCACCGCGCGCGUGCGCGGUAAAAAUGCAAAUUGUAAGAAUCGGGUUAUUUUUUUUUUUUUUCAUGGUCCGGUGUGUAUGUAUGUCGUUCAGUCUCAUUAUACAUUACGUUCGCUUUUCUGUU